AUGUGGCUCCUCCGCCUCCAAGAUGACGCCUCUUCGCUUCUUACGCGCUUCUUACGCCUCUCAGGCAUCGUGCUGGCCGUGUUGCUCAUGCACGCAUUUCGCAAAGGGUACCAAGUCCGCAAGAAAUUUCAGGCUCUCAAAGAUGAAGGAAUCCCCAUCAUGAAACAUUCCAUGAUUCUUGGCCACCUCGAAGUUGUUGGAAAGCUCGUCUCCAGUCUUCCUCCUGACGCUCACGGCGACUAUAUGAUGAUUAAAAUCCGCGAAAACUGGCGUGAACUUUUCCCUCAAUGUACCAAAUGCCCACCCGUUACCUAUAUCGACACCUGGCCUUUUACUCCUCCCAUGGUGAUUUCGCUCGAUGCGAAUGUUUCGUCUCAGUUCACACAAGAACACUCUUUGCCCAAAGCCCAUGAGCAGAAGCAUGUUCUCUAUCCAUUGACCAAGAACCAAGACCUUUCUUCGAUGGAAGGAGCUCAAUGGAGGGCCUGGCGUAAGAGCCUGAGCCCUGGUUUCAGUGUGCAAACCAUCACCAGUCGUAUCCCAGAUAUUGUCGAGGAGGUUGAGGAUUUUGCAAACGUCCUCAAGAGUAAAGCGGGUAAGAAUGGAGAAUGGGGGGAUGUCUUCUCCUUUGAAACGGCCACCACCAAUCUCGCUCUAGAUGUCAUUAUCCGAUUCUUUCUUUCGGCGCUGUGCGUUGCUCUGCAAGACACCAUCUCUCGAAUGUACUUCUUCGUCAAUAUCGCCAACUUCAUCCAUUACUAUAAUCCGUGGCGUCACUUCAAACUUUGGAAGAACUAUCGUACUCUUGCCAACACUCUUACCCCUGGAGUGCAACAGCGUAUGGAUGUACUUCAGAAGGAUCGCUCCGUGAAAGGGAAGACAUUGGUCGAUCUCAUCGUCCAGGCCCUUGAUGCAGAGAAAGCCGAACAAAAGGCUGUGGUCCAAGAGAACAGUGAUUCUCCAGCCGCAGAGCUCGAUGCCGACUUCGUCAAGAUGGCCAUUGGUCAAAUCAACACGUUCCUAUUCGCAGGAUUUGAUACCACAGCAGCGACUUUAUCCUGGCUCUUCCGUUUGCUCUGCCAAUACCCAGAGGUUUUAGCCAAACUUCGGGAGGAGCAUGACACUGUUCUAGGACCAGACGCCUGGGGCGCCUCAGACGUAUUGAGAAGAGAUCCUCAGUUGCUCAACCAGCUGCCAUAUACCCUUGCUGUACUGCGCGAGUCGAUGCGAUAUCGUACCAAUAUUGGCACUAUGCGUCGCGGCGAACAAGGCUUCUUUCUCGUAGGCCCUCCAGGCUCCGGUCCUGGAUUUGAAGGAAAGAAAUUACCCACUGAUGGCUUCAUCGUCUGGGAUGGCAAUUUUGCAGCUCAUCACGACCCUGAGCUCUGGCACAGACCGGGCGAGUUUCUACCGGAGCGGUUUCUUAUCACUGAUCCCCAAGAUCCUCUAUUUCCGCCACCCAAUGGCUGGCGGUCGUUCUCAGCAGGUCCACGAAACUGCAUCGGUCAGAACCUUGUUUAUCUCGAAGCCAAAUUAGCCAUGGCGCUUGUGGUCAGAUGCUUCGAUAUCGAGUGUGCGUGGGAGAAGUGGGACCUAAAGAACGGUACUCAUGAUUCUGGCAAAGCACCUCCAACGGUUUGGGGUGAUCGCUGUUAUCAGGUUGGAACAGAUAGUCCACCUCGAGUCAAGGAUGGUAUGCCAGUCCAUGUCAGGAUCCGCACACAGUAA